AACAGUCCCCCAGUGUAAGCUGGUGUAAAGUACUAUGUAAUUCGUUUGCAUUACAAAGUUGGAAAUUUUACGUCGGAAAAAAUGACAUUAUGUUUGUUUCUAUUAGAAACACUACUGUACCACUUACAUAUGUUGUAAAAGUGGAUGACAACAGCUGAAAGGUACCGUCAAGUGUACAGAUGCAGCCUGGUGAGGAAUCUUCUUCUAAAGUAAAGUUUGAAUGCCAGCUGUGUGGAUUUACAGCACCGUACAGUUAUUAUGGACAAAAACCUCCAAACUCUCGUUCUAUUGUAUUCUUGGAAGAAUGCUUUAUCAUGAAGGAUCCCUUCACCCCUGAAAAGGGAAAAUUCCUCAUUCUGGGCUCACACUGCUCAUUGUGUAAUAAGAUUACAUGUGUCAAUGGGGACUGUAGUAUUUUCUACACAAGGAGAUUUUGUUUACCUUGUGCAAAAAGCGCAAUACAGGAUUUCCCAAAAGAGUUACAACAUGAACUGGAAAAACGAAAACUCUCUCAGAAGACAAAAUCCUCCAGUUGAACAAAAUGAAAUGUAAAGAAUGAUCGAACCAACUCCAUUUUUUAAUCAAGACAGUUAUAUUUAUGAAGUGAGAUUUGGAAACUGAUUAGAAGAAAAUGCUUAAUGCUCUGAUACUUUUUUAAAAAUUAUUUUUAUUUUUUUUAGCUAUCAUUCUGUUCAGGUCAGCAUGACAUGGUUGAAACUGCACAUAUGGUCGUAUGGGAGCGAGAGAGAGAAAGACUGUAUGCGGCAUCAUUUUUCUCAGUACAUACCUCUUUAAAAUGAUAGGCAUUGUAAUGUCAGCUAAUAAAAAAAACAUUUUCAAACUCUGAAAUGUACAGUAAGAACCAGUAUUGAAAAUGUGAAAUAUUCAUUACAAACUUACUAAAUGUAUGUUUUACAGUUCUUAGAAAAUAUGUUUAAAAAUUCAUUUUUCAGAUUAUAAAAAAUACAUCAUAAAAUAUGUUCAGACUGGGUGAAUUAAAAAUGUUACUUGUAUAACUGUAAAUCAUAUUAUUUGGAAUUUCGUACCUGAAAUGCUGCUCUUUCCCAGUAAGAGUUUAUGUUCUGUAUGCUCACUUCUUACAUUGGUUUUGUACUAGUUGUACAAAGCCCUUGUAUAUAGCCAUGGCUGUUGGACAACUUCUUAAGAGCUUCUCAGUCCUCUCAGUAAUUGUUAUUCCUCAUUGGCAUACAAGUAGUACCUUCCACUUUUUGUUUCAAACAUUGUUAAUAAAGUGAACAGUGAACUGUGAUUCUGUGAUUAUAGUAAGGUUUGUAUAUCACAUGUAACAUUGUUUUGUCUUCUCACUCUUAAUUUUAGAUCUUGGUUAAAGGUACAUGGUAAGCAACAAGUGAAAAAAGAUAAAAGCAAACAUUGCAAAGCUGAUCCUUCAAAGGAGGAAACAAAAAGAGUUAAAAAAAAUCAAAACUGCAAAAUCUCCAUUCCAGCACUAAUUUUGAGCACUGUAACUGAAAUUACUCCCCAAAACAGGGAUAUGCAGUCAGUAACCUGUACAGCUCACAUUUCCCAGGUGCUGACAUAAGAUGAGAUCUUGGUGGUGCCUUCAUCUAUAUUAACAUAAUUUCUUGGUGGUGCCUUCAUCUAUAUUAACAUCAUUACCCACCAAGCUCAUAUGAAGUACAAGGAUUUAAUUCAGUGUUUACAAUGCAUUCAUAGCUUUAUCAAAUUUAUCUUCCAUCUUAUGUAGCCUUCCUCUGAGUGUAAAACCUUUGCUAGAGAGUGCAAUAAUAUAGUACAAAAAAAAAAAAAAAGAUCGCAACAGCAGGGACUUACAUUGGUACUUUUUGUUGGACCAACAUCAGUGUGUGAAUAGAACACAGAGAUGGAAACUUUUGUUGAUACUAGCAAUAUUCAAGAGGGCAAAGUGAAAAGAAGGAUGACUCCUUUCUCUGAUUCUUUUAGCAAAGAGAAAGAUUUUUUAUUUGAUGCUAAUUAAUUAUUCCUCUCGAGGUUUCAAUCCUUCUACCAGAGGAUAUUUCUUUCUUGGAUGUCUUAUAGAGAGAGAGAGAGAGGGACAGGUGCUGGUGUUCCCAUAUUUAGGGUAGACAGGAUUAAUAUUACCAUUGCUGUACUUUAUGGCACAUUUCAGAAUAAAACCAUUUUCUUUGGUGCAGACAAUCCUAGUUUGAUUAGAGGCUAAUUGCAUGUAAGAGCUGGCAGGGAAGGGAUGGAGUGAGUGGCCACUGCCAGCUGAUACUUUUUGGAAAAGGGAGGUGGCUCUUCCUCACUAGUUGGUUGACACCUGGUAUGAGCACUAGGUGUUGCACCAGUGGAGGACAUGGGCAGCCAGUGUUCACAACAUUUAUCUCAGAGAGCAGGUGGUGGUGUGCUUUCCAAGGCCAUCAGCAGCUGUGUAGCUUAUUGAGAUGGCAAAAGGGUAGGGGGGUGACCACAAAAGGAGGAUUAGGCUGCUGUGCAGGACUUGCAACCUGACCGGCUCUAUACUACCUGUCACCUUAGAGGAACAAUUGUGCCAGUUGGACUACCUUCACAGCAGCGAAUCAUCUCUACAGAUAGCACAGAUUUGUCCAUUUUUAUUUCAACUGGCUGUUUGGUGCUCAUAUAAGAUUAAACUCUGCUUUUCUUAUUGCUUUUGAAAUCUUACAGUGGCAGAACUAAACUUGAAUGUCACUGGGGUGGGCUAGGUAAAGCUGGUGAGACACUGUCUUAAAAGAAAAAUUAACUUGAUAUCCAAAUUGUUGUUUUAAGUAGUUCUUGAUCUUGGGAUGUCUAAAUCUAAAUUACAUCUGUGGCUAAUAAAUACAAGUCAAAGUGUAACUUUUUGAUCUAGAGGGUCUUGUCAGUCAAGGACAUUUUCUUCCAGUCAUUGAGAAACUUCUUGGACUGGUCAGUAGUUUUUAACUGUUCCUUUUUCUGUUAGUUCUUUGCCUUAAUUGUGACAGUGAAGAGAAGGUUUUGAAAAAUAUAGCUUCAUUUGUGAUUUGUUUAUAUAUUUCAUGUAUUUAUAUUUGUGUAUAUACUUUGUUUGUUGAGUCCCUGAUUCUAAGUUCAUUUGUCCCAGAUUUUUCUCAUCAGUUGGUUGAGAUGUCUCCAAGAGUGAGUGUUUUUUAUGGAACAGAAUUUCUUCAGAUACCCCAAUGCAUCUUAAGCCACAAACACAGCAAUUAGACAAUUGUCAUAACUAGUGGAUCAUUUGAUAUUGAAAGAGGCUGUACAGAAAGUAGCAUUAGAUCAGAGGUCAUUCUUUUGUUAACAAGAGUAUUUUUAAUUCUCCAGAAAGACAAGUUUUAGAUAUAGCAAAUCUAUACAAUUUCAUAAAUACAAAAUACUUUAAGAUGGAAACCUCUUUCAUUGAGCAAAAGAGGUGCACUGUGACAGCAGAUAUGAAGAACAUCUGUCUUCAUAUUUCAGUGAGUCCCUCUCUGUAGUACCUCAGUGAGUCCCUCUCGGUAGUACCUCAGAUUCAAAGUAAUGGAACACCAUUUUUAGUUUUCAGCACUUAGAUUUUGAACUAUUCACAAAUCCCAGAGUUUUUACCAUAUUUUAACUGCAAUGUUUAUAUACCUCUAAAAGAAAAGCUGCCAUUUGUGUCUGCAUAAUUAUUUGGUACUGACAAAGAUGAAUUUUAAGUCAACACACACAGUGGCAACAGACCCCUUUGAUAUCAGCACCCUGUAAAAGCAGUCAUAGUGUUUGUUCUGUUGAAAAAUGUUUCUACUAAUGAAUCAAGGAGAGAUCGGGAUAGUAUAGACAAAAUUCACCCACCAGUAAACAGCACAACAAGAUAGCUGCUGAGAGCUCUGGAAUAUUUUUCUUGUAUUUCCGUAAUCUGUCAAGCAAGGCUUCACAUGAUUGAUAAAGGCACAUUCUGUCUCAGAAGUCUUAAGAAAUUAACCACAGGGAUCAAGUAAAGAAUUUUUUGCUGUUCCUCAUGAAGUGGAAAAUAAUUGCCACAUUAAAGCAUAUCUUUUUGGAAAAAAAAACGUAAAGAAAAUAAACCAAGCCAAUCAGUAUAAAGCUCCUUACUUAUUUAAUACUGCAAAUGCAGAUAGGUUAGGCAAUACUUAAAGAUCAGCUGCUUUUUAUAAUUUGUUACAUCUUGAUAAAAUAAGAAUAGCUUUCUUUUAGUAAACUUAUGUUAAAAAAAUAUACCUGCAUGAUCUCUAACACCCCACAUUCCAUUACACAUUCUCAAGCAGUAUAGGUACUGCCUAGUAAUUUCUAGCUCUCACCAUGGCACUGGGCACCACUAAGAACAUUUCUGGAAAAACAAUUCUGACUUCACCUUGCAAAACUGAACUAUAGUAACUUUUUGUUUGUUGGCUGGCAUAACCAGUGUAUCUUUUUGUAUUAAUUUCACCCAUGUUGCAUAAAAAUGUCUUGAAGACAUUCAGUUUGAAUAGCAUAUAUGAUUCAUAUUUGAAAAACAUUUUUAAACUCCAUUUCACCCUUGCAUAAGAAAAUAAAUAACAUUAUAGGCACAUCCAAGUCCUGGUGUCAUUUGAAAUUAAAAGUAAUUGAUGUAAAGCACAUUAGGACAGAAGCUACAACUGCAGCAUAUUUCAGAAAAAUGUCUGCACAAGCCAUUUUGAAGCUGCAACGUGGAUUUCUAAACACACAUUCAUAAAACACUAAAUGGUGGGUGCAUUAUCCAGAAUAGGCUAGGUUGUGACACAACUGUAAUACAAGAAUCUUUGAAAUUGUUCACUUCUGCAGGGUACAACAUAUAGCCCCAUCUUGUCCAUUGAUAACAGGGAUGUAUGGUUUUAAUGUGUGUAAAAUCCUCACAGUCUAGUUAAGUAAUUUAUUGUAGAUGGGGAAUAGUUCUGUAUAAAAGACUGUCCUGAAUGAGGAAGAUUUGAAGUUAGUUACUUAUUUAGAUAGACCAUCAUCAAGUAGACUAGAGGCUCAACUGGCCCUGUUAGUUGAUAUGGCCUGGAGACAAGUCACAGAAGGAGUUUCCUGGAGCUGGAAGGAAGGCCUAACCAAGUCCUGCAGCCAUAACGUUUUGUUACACUGCCUCUUUGCUGAAAAGGCUAUGUCUCUCUAAACUAUAAUCGGUAAAGUUAUCUCUGAUGACUGUGAACCAUGUAUAAUAAAGUACUGUAAAUAGUAUUAAAAAGCCUAGUGAACUGUAGUUUAAUUUCAUCAUUCAAAUAAAAGUGUGGUUAUUUUGUA